AUGACGCCCCCGGGCCCAGGCGGCGAGCGCCUCAUCCGCGACUCCUCCCGCCGCAGCCUCCUCGAGGAGCUGCGGGCUGGCGCGGUGCCGCAGCUCCCGGGGCCCCUGGAGGCCGCCCGCGUGCAGCUGCAGGAGGCCGCCGGGCCCGAGGCCGAGCCGCCCAGGGGCUCCCACGGCGCCCUGGCCGACGGCACCCUCGGCUCCAUCGAGGGGCUGAAGCCCUUGCUGGCGGUGCCGCAGGCGGAGGCGGACGCUGGCGCCACUGCGGCCCCGGAGCGCCUGCGGGUAGCGGUGGCCAGCGUGUCCAACGCGGUGGCGGCCUCGGGCACCCACAACGUCAUCCUCGGGCUGCGGGCCUUCCUGGACAAGGGCGGGCUGGCCGGCUCCGAGCUGUGGGGUAUCCGCAGCCUGGCCAAGGGGAACGAGUUCGAGAUCGUAAGCUCGGACUGCCAGCAUUACCUGAAUCAAGGGGGCUGCGACCUGCUUCCCACCAUCACGCUCGCGAAGGCCACCGACAGGCUGGUGAAGCAGGUCGCCGCUAUCUGCGAGCGGAUGGAGCUGGACGGGCUCCUUUUCCUCUGCGGGCCAAGCGAGCUCGCCGAGGUAACCAAGAUCUCCGAGUUCUUCGGCAAGACUGGGGUGAGGACGGGCGUGCACGCGGUGGUCCACAGCCUGAGCGGCUGGGUGCAGGUGCCGCCCUGGGUGGAAACCAACCUCGGCUUCGACAGCGCCAGUGGCAUCCUCGCGGAGGUGGCGGGCAACUUCACGCUACGGGCGCAGAGACUCAACCGCGACGCCUACCACUUCGUCUCCUGCGGCUCGCCCACGCUCACGCUGGAGCUGGCGAUGCAGACGCACCCGACACUCUGCUACCUCGGGGCUGACGUCGCCGAGCGGGGGCUGCUGCUGCAGGGCAUCAUCGAUGAGAUCUGCGACGUCGUCGUAUCGCGGCACCACGACCACGGCUUGCACUCGGGCGUCGUCAUGGUAUCCGACGACUUCUUCGAGAGGCUCGUGGAGAUGAGGCAGCUCCGCGACGAGCUGUGCAGCCUGCGCAAGACCAAACCAGCGGAUAUGCGCUCGGUGGAGGGCGCCCGGGAGUCGCUGCCCCCAGAGCUGCGCACGUUCUUCGAGAUGCUGCCCGCGGACGUCUGCCACGCCCUCGUUCUGCGGACAGAUGUGCACGGCAUGCCGAUGCUGCUGCCACAGGAGACAGAGCGCGAGCUGGGAUCGCUCGUGACCCGCUGCCUGAGCCGUCGCCGAAGUCAGGGGGAGCCAACCGUGGACAACUUUGACCAGCAGCCGCACAGCCUGCGCCACAUCGCUGUCAGCCCGAUGCCCACGCUGUUUGACUGCCAGCUCGGCUACGCACUGGGCCACGUGGCCGGCGCGCUGGUGCAGGCGCGCAAGAACGGCUACGCGGCCAGCAUGCGGGACGUGCUGUCCGAGCCGACGCGCUGGGUGCCGUGCGCCGUGCCCCUUGCGUGGCUGCUGCGGCCAGGCCCCGACGGCGCGCCCGCGGUGCUGCGCCGCCAGCUGACCCCGGAGGACGCGCUGCUCUCCGUCUGGUGUGCGGUGCGGGACCGCUGGCGCUGGCAGCUGAGCUGCCGGCAGCCCGGGCCGGUGCAGUUCUGGGGGCCCAGCAGCUCGAGCUGGCCGACGUACACGCUGCGGGCCUCGUGCCAGGGGGCCAAAGCGCUGCUGCGCGAGCUGAGCGAGGAGGAGACGGGCCAGGCGCCAGAGGACUUCGAAGGGGUCGUGAGCGACUUCCUUCGCUUCCGGCUCAAGAGGCGGCAGUUGGCGAUGCUCUCGCCCCUGCAGAGGUGGCGAGCGACGUACGAGCCGAAGCUGCCGAAGGUAUUCCGUGGUCGGUUCCGCAUCGUGGAGGCGGAGCAGAAGGGGCGCGUGUGUGCAGAUUUGGUACUGCUCAGCAAGGCAUUUCCUAGCCUCUGGCGCACGGACCAGCUCAAAACUGUACGAAUAGUGCAGAAAGCGAAAGAGGAAGUGGGUGUUGUCGGCAGCCUCGUGACAGAGCUGAACUUGGACGAGGCGGAAAUAGAUGCGGAAGAAGAUCGAACACCCACUCCUUUCAACAGGCAGAUAUCCAAGGGGACGACCGAAGACCUCAUGCUCGACUUUCCGAGGACCCGCAUGCGUGUGGGCGUCGCGCUGGUGGGUCGCGCGGCGCCAGGUGCCAACAACGUCGUGAUGGGUUUGCACAGCUACGUUACAGCCUUGGGCGGCACCGUUGUCUGUAUCGUCAUGGGCAUCCAUGGAAUACGUGCAGGGCUGUCCUUCGAGCUGACCCCCGAGCUGCUGGCGGUGCACCUCAAUCAGGGCGGCAGCGACCUGCUGGGCCAGAGUCAGCCCGAGGACUUGGACACCACCGGCGGGGACUUCGCGGCGUGUGCGAAGACCGUGCGACGCCUCCAGCUCUCCGGCCUGGUGAUCUGGGGGGGCACCAGCACGCACUCUUGGACGGUGGGGCUCGCGGAGUAUUUCUCCGAGCACCAGGUCUCCACCUCCGUGGUCGCCGUGCCAGCGAGCGUGCAGUCGGAUUUGCCCCUUGUCGAGCAGUCGUUAGGCUACGACUCUGUCUGCAAGAUGUUCGCAUCCAUCGUGGGGAACCUGGCGACCCAGGCUGCCUCGUCGGGCAUGCUGUGGUGCUUCGUGCGCAUCCCUGGCAGGUCCAUCUCGCACAUAGCUGCCGAGAUCGCGCUGCAGACGCAUCCGCACGUCUUGCUGACCGGCCAGACCGUCGAGGACCAGUCGCUGGGGCUCCCAGAGGUGACCCAGCUCAUUUGCGACGUGGUGGAGGAGCGGGCGCGUGAGGGUCGGAACUAUGGGGUGGUUCUCAUCCCCGACCAGCUCCUGAGCUCCGUGCGCGAGAUGCGGCAGCUCUUCGGAGAGCUGGCGAUGAUCCGCCAGGCGUUCCCCGACGUCCUGGAGGCCCCGCAGAGCGGGGGCGUGACGCGUGACUGGGGCCCUCUGCUGAGCCUCAUGCCGCCGCUGUCCCGGGCGCUCUUGCAGAGCUUCCCCGAGCGCACCCGCGCGCAGGUGUGCUCCAGCGUCUGCUCUGCGAUGGACCAGGGCCAGUCCGACACCGGGGAGUUCGUCCCUGACCUUCGCACAGUGGAGACAGAGGUAAUGUGGUACACCUUGCGUUGCUACAUUUGCGAGAGUGCCCCAAACUGGCUGGGGCGGCAGAUUUUUCAGACCCUUGUCGAAACAGAGAUGCACCGCCGAGUGCUGCUGGGCACGUACAAGGGCCCCUUCAAGAUCCUCACUUAUUCGCUGCCGCUGCAAGGUCGCGCCGCGAUGCCUACAAAUUUCGACUGCGAUCUGGGUUACACGAGCGGCUACACUGCGGGUGUGCUGAUCGACAGCCAGUGCACCGGCGUGUUCGUCGACGUGUCGCGCCUGAAAGAGUCCGUCGAUGAUUGGGAAGUGGGCGGCACUUCGCUGGCGUCCUUGGUGGGGAGCCUCGACUUGGGCGUGAAGAGGACUCCUGGGCAUUGUCGGGGAAAGGGCGGGCGCUCACAAGCAGCCAACGGAAUCGACGGGACGAGGGGUUGCGAGCAGAAGGCGGGUAAGAUGAAUCACCAGGCGCCGUCGUACAAGAUCCUGCCACGAAAGCGGCUGAUGUACGACCUCAGCCGGGGCAGCGAGUUCAACAUCCCGGAGGCCGUGGAGAGCACGCUGCUCAGCCCCGGGUCCGCGCAGUUCGCUGGCCCUUGCGCUGGCGAGAAGACGAAGACGCUGUGCAUGCCGCAGCUGCAGCGCGUGAGACAAAUGGCCCUGAUGGAGGAGAAGAUGGCUGAGUUGAAGGCCAAGGCGAGCGAGGGCCCGAAUCUGACGUGCUUCAAGCUGUGCGCAUGA